UAGCGCUUUCGUCUUCCUUCCCCAGCUGCUGCCCUGCGACCCUCUUCUCCUCGUCUCCUCCGGCGCCGUCCCUUCUUGCUCCCAUGGUCUCGCUCGCCGUUACCGCCUUGUACUCCCUGGGAACCCAGCUGGCCAGCGCGCCCACGAGCACGAAGACCUCCUUCCAAUGCGCGUGCGUGCGCGUGCCGGCCGGCCAUGGAGCGGAAUUGAAGGCGCUGGCUGCGGAGGCUGAGCAGACGGCGGUGAGCGAGGCGCCAAGAUUCAGGUGGGACGCAUUCGGGUCCGACCUCUCCGAGUCCCAGAAGCGGGCGAUUCGGGGCCUGUCUCCGAAGCUGCCCAACCGCUGCAAGGCCCUGAUGACACGCGUGGUGUGCCUGUCCCCCGGGGAUGAGAACCUUGGUGCGUUGCUCGCGUACUGGGUGAAGGCCAUGAAGCCCAAGAGGGCUGAUUGGUUGCUGGUUCUAAAGGAGCUGAAGGCCAUGGAGAGCACGCUGCUUGCUGAGUUACUGGAGUAUGCAUUGCUGGAGGAUUCAUUCGAAGCAAAUGUUCGCGACUACACCAAGUUGAUCCACAUCCGUGGCAAGCAGAAGCUGCUGCAGAAAGCUGAGGAUGCAUUUCAUGCCAUGAAAGGCAGAGGUUUACCUUGUGAUCAGGUCAUGUUGACUGCACUGAUGGACAUGUACAGCAAGGCUGGAGAUCUCACCCGCGCAAAGGAAAUUUUCGAAGAAAUUGUCUUGCUUGGCCUCCCGCUGGAUAAGCGUGCAUACGGCUCAAUGACCAUGGCUUAUAUCAGGGCUGACAUGUUGGACAAAGCAGAAGAUUUAAUCAAAGAAAUGGAGGAUCAGCAGACAUUUGCAGGAAAGGAAGUUUACAAGGCAUUGCUGAGAGCCUAUUCAUACAAAGGCGAUUCAGGUGGGGCACAACGGAUUUUCGAUGCCAUACAGUUUGCUGGGAUAGUGCCUGACACGAAGCUGUGCGCGCUUCUGGUGAAUGCUUACUGCCUCUCCAGUCGAAUAGAUGAAGCUGUUUGUGUAAUACGGAACAUGAGAAGUGCAGGAGUGAAACCAUGCGACAAAUGCAUUGCCUUGGUACUGCGUGCUUACGAGAAGGUGAACAUGUUAGAAAGUGCGCUAGCAUUUUUGACAGAGCUUGAAGAAAACGGCGUUACAAUUGGCCAAGAGCCUUCUCAGUUGCUGGCAGGAUGGUUCAGAAGACUCGGUGUAGUUCAUGAUGUCCAACAAGUUCUGAAGGACCUCUCAGAGGAGAACAGUAAUAAAAAAAUUGCAGUAUCUUUGGAACAGAAGUGAUCUGCUGAGUAGCCUUCUCAAAAGACAUUGUGACAACUGACAAUGUAUUGCUUAAAAUGAAGUUACACAGCUCU